CUUGAUAGCUGUCAAAGUUGGUUAUGUUCUCAUUUUUGUUUACAUCACUGACGUACAACUAUUGACGAUUAUUAAAUCAGUCUACCUUUGUACCUCGACUUGUAAACAUAGCAGCAUUCUUUCUAUUUAUAUAGAUUCUUCGUAAGUUCGUUGAUCACAUACGACAAAUGGCUGUUUAAAAUAUAACAAAAAAGGAAAGAUGAGAAAAAAACAAUGAAGGACCAUUUAGGCGAACCUGUUUUGUAGGCGAGGCCACAUGGCAAAUCAUGUUGUCUAUGCAAAAGAUGGCGACGACGAAUGAUAGUAAAUCGAAGGGCGGCAGGAAACUAUCCAAAGAAAGUAUAGAUUUUUAUCAUCUUGCUGUACAUCUAUUAAGUAUCGGUUUUGGUUUUCUACACCGGUGGCAUGUAUCAACACUUUUUGAAAAUGAUCGACACUUUUCUCAUUUGUCGGAGAUCGAAAGAGAAAUGUCUUUCAGGACUGAAAUGGGAAUGUAUUAUUCCUACUAUAAAACCAUUGUAGGAGCUGAAAGUUUUGCUGAUGGUGUGGAUAAACUUGGUAAAGAUAACAUAUCAGAGUAUGGAAAUGUCAUAAAUGCAUACAGGAAAUAUAACCUUUUGCCAGAGAUUACAGCUAGUUAUCUUUAUCAUGGCGCCAAGAAUCUUGGAUUAAUAUCACAAGGACAAUGUUGGGAAACAGAGAGAGGAGAUGGUUUACCACCAGUGACAAGUUGCGAAGGCUUAGGUGUACCUGUAUAUUUUUAUCUUGAAAUAGUUUGGAUUACCACUAUAUAUACGGCAGCUAUACUUUUUAAGUACUCAACAUAUAUGAGCGAUUCAGUGUUUGGUGGUAUUAUUACUAUGCUAUUGUUCUUCUACAAUCAUAAUGAGUGUACUCGUGUUCAGUGGACCCCACCAUUAAGAGAAACCUUUGCAUAUCCAAUGUUACUCUUCCAAAUGUAUUCAGUGACUAAGAUAAUUGAAAGGCACACUACACAAGAUACACAAAAAAUGAAACGUUGGAGAGAACUUACUGAUGGAUUAUAUGUGAAUAUGCUUUUGGGAACUGUGAGCAGUCUGUGUAGUUGGCAAUUUUCACAUUUUAUUUUGGCUACUCAAAUACUAGCCCUUCUUAUUCUUAAAUGGGUUGAAAUUAUACCUAAAAAUCUAUUCUUAUCAUUAUCUAGAAUAUAUACCGUUUCUAGUAUUUUAUCGAUGGUUGUGACAGAUGGCACAUUCUUAUUUCAUUCUUUAUUCGCGUGUAUUUUAAUCGGUAGUAAUUUCGCAGAAGUUCUUGUCAGUAAAUUUUCUCGUUUCUUGAAUGGUAGAAAAGAAGUUAUUCUUGAGAUAGUUAUUACUAUAUUUCUUACUAAAUGGUUGAAAUCAUACAUUCUUACAAUUGAAGACGAUGCACACGUUUACAAUAUUUUAAGAUCAAAAUUAACAGACUAUAAGGAUUUUCAUACUAUGCUUUAUACGUGUUCUCCAGAGUUUGAUUUCUUACAAUAUAAAACUUAUGAAGCAAUCAUAAAGACUUUACUUUUGCCAAUUGCUAUACUCUCAGGGAUAUUAGCACUUUAUUAUUGGUAUAGAGAAUAUGAGAACGAAGGAUAUCCUUAUUGUAUAGAAGCAGAUGUAUGUUACAAUGGUCUGCAAACUGGAGCUUUCAUUAUUAUGGCUGUGUUUAUUAUGAGAUUAAAACUUUUCAUGACGCCACACCUUUGCAUAAUAGCAGGAUUAGUGUGUAGUAAAAGAUAUUCUGAAAAACUUGGACUAAGAAGUAAAGCAGUAAGGGGUACUAUAAUUGUUUUGUUAAUAGCUGGUAUGUCAUAUCAUGGUAUGGAAAGAUUACAGGAAGAACGAGGAUUUAUAGGUGAAUACAGUAAUAUCGAACAAGAAGAAUUAUUUGAAUGGAUAAAAGAUAAUACUCCUAAAAACGCUGUAUUCGCUGGUAAAAUGUCACUAAUGGCUAAUUUGAUGUUAUCUACUGGAAGACCCAUAGUAAAUAAUCCUUAUUACGAAAGUACAGAAAUGCGAAAUCGAACCAUGAGAGUCUAUGAAAUCUUUAGUAGAAAAGACGCAGCCUCGGUAUACGUUACGUUAAGAAACAUGCACGUUGGUUAUGUUGUAUUAGAAGAGCCAUUAUGUCUUGGAUAUGCAAAUGUGCCACGUGGUUGUCAAAUGAUCGAUUUAUGGGAUACGAUUGAUAAUGGAACAGCGAAAACAAACGGAAAACCACCUCUUUGUCCAUUAUUAUUCGAAGGGAACGCUUAUCCUUUUAGACGAGCUUUUAUGAAUAAUCAUUACGUAGUUUUACAAUUAGUUUAUUCGCAUUAUUUUGAGUACAAUCCAAAGACUUCCAUGCCGCUCCAAUAUCAAUUUUGAAUACUGUAUUUGAUAAGAUGACUGAUAAGCGACUAAAUGAUAGAUAGGGAUUCUUCGUAAUAUAAUAAUAUCUCAUAUAGGCCUAUUUUUCUUAAGAAAAAAGAAAGGAAACAAAAGUAAACAAAGAAGAAGAGUUAUACAAAAUAUAUUAUAUAAAUCUCUCU